CGCCUGUAUUUCAAUAAGCAGCUGCUGCAAGGAACCAGACUUGAUGAUCCCAGUGCACCCUCAAAAGGUGUUCACAUUGAGCGUGAAAGAGAGAGGCACGAACAUGGAUGAAGCGGACUCGACCCCUCUUACGACGUUGAGCAGAACGCUCGAAGCGGCCAGUGACGAGACCUGGGCCGCACAGCUUGCCGAUGAGCUGCUCGCGCUGUCUUCAAUCUACGACGAGGAAUCUAUCACUCUGCUGCCUCUAUCGCACUCCGUCACACCUGUUCAAGCCUCCCAUACAGGAGCCUCGAGGCUGUCAACGCCGAGUGCAUCGGGGAGUGCGAACAAAGACCUUCAGCUUGCACUUGCGCGCUCGUGGACCCCUGGCGCAAUAUUGAGGCUAUCAUUCAAGACGCAGCUCGAGCCGUCUGCGAGCUCCUUGACGUCAGAACCGCUGGACCUCUUGACCGCGGUCACCCUACCAGAAAGAUAUCCCGCAAGUGAACAUCCUCCACAAUUGCAGCUUUUGAAUCGCUUCGUCGGGGGACACCCCGUAGACCAUAUCGUGUUCGGCAAGGUACUUCGCUGCUUCCUCCAUGACUCGAAAGUGCUGGUAGAAAAAGGGAGGGCUGCAGGGUUAGAAUGGAAGCAGGGAGAAUCGAUCCUCUUCGAGGCUUUGGAAUGGGUCAAGGAGAGCCUGUCUGAGUGGUACGACGCGAAAGAACAGGAGCUGCAAAUGCGGACCGUGCACAUGGAUGCGGAGCGAGAGGCGAAAGUGUUUGUAAAGCAACAAGAGACACUAAAAGCCAACAGGCAUGUCACAGAGUUCGGGCAUGAGUCUUCAGACACUUCACAACGGUCACAUCAAGACUUGGAAGCGCUUGCGAAGAAGCUGAAGCUCAUCAGCGCAGAGCCAAUCACAGAUCGCAAGAGCACUUUCAUCGGGCAUUGCUGCCAUCUGACAGAUCCUGCACAGGUACCGCUUAUCAUUGAACACCUGCUCUCUGACAAGCGCAUAGCGCGCGCUGCACAUCCAAAGAUCCACGCAUGGACCUGCAGCGGACCCAACGGCGUGAUGCAGCGGGAUUGUGAUGACGACGGCGAGACUACAGCAGGUGGACGUCUGGCGCAUCUUCUGCAGAUUCUGAAUGUCGAAAAUGUGCUCGUUGUCGUGACAAGAUGGUUUGGAGGCAUUCAUCUUGGGCCAAAUCGGUUCAAACACAUCAACCGCGCCGCGCGGGAUGCGCUCGAAGCGGGAGGCUUUGUCGCAGAUGGAACAAGCACUAAUGUCUAAAGGGCAUUGAGGGACAUAUCUCAGGCGGUUUGGAAAUUGCUAGAGCACAUGCUACAUGACUUCUUGGCCAAACUCUUUGUAC